AUGAAGAUAUAUUAUACUUAUUUUUUGAAAGAAUAUCUAGAAGGUAUUACAAAUGUUCAAAUAACAGCUACUAGAAAUCAGAUUAUUGGUUUAGCUAAUAACAAAGUACAAGUACCACUCUAUGAACAGUCAGAAUCUGGCAUACUUAAUUUGAUUAUUAAAAAAUGGACUGAAGAUAAUAGUGAAAACAAAAAUAAAGAAUUUGAAGAAAUAAGUAUAGGAAUAUUAGAUACUAUUGACAUACUUAAUUGUCAUCCAGCUGAUUAUGAAAAUUCAAAACUAGAACUUCAAAAUAUGUUUUGUUCUGAAUAG